AUGAAUAACAACACGAAUAAUAAGGAUGGGCCAUCACCCCAGCUACGAAGGGCAGGAACCACCGAAACGAGCAGCGACGGUUCUGGCUCCACUUCUCCCAUUAUCGGUGAUAUUAAUACCACUCAAAACAAUAACAACAUUGAUAUCAGCGGAAGGUCCGCCAAUGGCCAGCACAUGACGGUUCAUAGACGAAAAUUGCUUCAUGUCAACGAGGAUUCCCGUCAAAACAAAGUCUAUCCUGUGCAACGGGCCAGAGCUUCUAUGAAAGAGUCCUUUGAAACCAGAACGAAACGAAUGCUCCCUUCUCCCAAAGCAUUCGCCAAAGAAGUCGACUGGCUCGGAGUGAUCUUGCCCUGCACCAAAUGGAUGCGGCAUUACAACCUUCGAAACAGCCUCAUGGCCGAUGUGAUUGCCGGACUAACGGUAGGAAUCAUGAUUGUUCCUCAGAGUAUGUCUUAUGCCAAAUUAGCAGGACUUCCAGUGGAAUAUGGAUUGUAUUCCUCCUUGGUGCCAGUCUUUACCUAUGCGCUUUUUGGAAGCUCGCGUCAACUAGCCGUGGGGCCUGUGGCACUCAUUUCGUUGCUCCUAAAUACUGGUCUAACGGACGCGCUCAAGGACCUUCCCGUGGACGAUCCAGCCUAUCAAGAAACGUACAACUUGAUGGCCAAACAAGUUUCCUUUUUGGUGGGCAUUGCCUACCUCAUCAUGGGAGUCCUGCGACUAGGUUUCGUUACUAUUUUUUUGAGUCAUGCGGUGGUGUCUGGUUUCACCACCGGUGCGGCUGUUAUCAUUGGCAUGUCCCAACUCAAACAUAUUCUUGGUUACGACAUUGAAAACUCCAAAGUUCUUCAUGAAUUGGUGGGCAACCUCGCCGAUGGCAUUGGGGAUUUCAACUGGAAGACUUUUAUCCUUGGUAUUAUGAGUGUGGGCGUCCUGGUGGGAAUGAAAACAGCUGGAAAGACCUAUCCAAAAUUCAAGUGGAUGCGUGCCAUGGGGCCACUCACAGUGACUGUGGUCUCCAUUAUUUUGGUGGUGACGUUGGACUUGGAAAAUCAAGGCAUUCCCAUUGUCGCCGAAAUCCCCAAGGGUUUGCCGUCCUUUACCGGAGACUUGUUGACGCCCAUUGAUCGGUUGGAUCAAAUGUGGGUCAUUGUCGUCUCCAUUACCAUUGUGGGAUUUAUGGAAUCGAUUGCCAUUGCCAAGCAAUUGGCCAGUAAGCACAACUACGAGGUGGACUCGUCCAUGGAACUCAUGGGACUUGGAAUGGCAAACUUUGUGGGUGCCAUGUUCCAUUCCUAUCCAGUCACUGGAAGUUUCAGUCGGUCUGCGGUUAAUAACGAAGCUGGAGCCAAGAGUGGAAUUUCUGGACUCAUCACUUCCGUCUUGGUUGCCAUUGCCCUCUUGUUCUUGACUCCAGUCUUUGAAAAGUUGCCUCUUGCUGUUUUGGCUUCCAUUGUGCUGUCCGGUGUCAUUGGAUUGAUCGACUACGAAGAAGCCAAGUACUUGUGGAGAGUCCACCGAUUCGACUUUUUGGUCUGGUUGGUGGCUUGUCUCUGCACCAUGUUCCUUGGAGUCGAGAGUGGCCUCGGUAUCGCUGUUGGCCUUUCUCUCCUCUUUAUCAUUUACGAAUCAGCCAUUCCAAAGACUACUGUGCUAGGAAGACUCCCAGGAUCUACAAACUACCGCAACGUCAAGCAAUACGCGAAUGCCGAACGUUACAACGGCAUUGUGGUGGUGCGCAUUGACGCUCCCAUUUACUUUGCCAACACACAAACGAUGCGUGAAAAGUUUGAAAAGUAUCGAAAACAAGCGGAAAAGCUCUGGAGGGACCAGCAAAAGGCGCAAGAGCAACAGUUUGUCGAGACUGGUACUCAAGAUGAAAACACGGACGUGGGUGCUAUUACCGACGUCAAGUAUUUCAUCAUCGAAAUGACGCCGGUAGCCCACAUUGAUACCAGUGGACUCCAUAUUCUUUUGGACAUGAUCAAGAUGUACAAGAAGCGAGGCAUUCAAAUAUGCUUGGCGAAUCCCAACGUCGAAGUCAUGGGACGCUUGGACAACAGUGGGGUUGUCGAGGCCGUGGGAGAAAACCACAUCUUUGUCACGGUCCAUGAUGCCGUGGCGUGGGGUUUGGAUCAAUUGGAUUUGGCAUUUGUGUCAAGUGCGGGUAGUUUGGAAGAAGGUGAAGCACAAGAACGCUUGGGGGAUGUGGAAGAAGGAAACGAGGAAGGCACUACGUCCAAUGAUAAGGAUGCCUACGAAGUGAUGCAAAUAUAA